UUCAAGACUCUGUUUAAGCUGGGUUGUAGAAACAGCAUUUGGGCCCCUCUUGUGGUGAAAGUACAAAAGUACAUAUUAACAGCAGGACUGUGUAUCUGAAAGUAACAAGAAUAGUUGGAUUUAUUGCCCUGUGAGGAUAUUUGGAUGAACAAGUUUAAGAAAAAAAUGCAAGAUCACAAUAAGGUGUGCUGCACUAAAGUAUCAUUAACACUGAGUAGCUUAUUCAUGUCACUAUGAACCACAUACACGUCUCCUGUGAGGCAGUGACACGUCGUCCAACAUCCACACACCUGUUGACAGCAUCUGGGUGAUUCCCACACGCCUUCCAAUCACAGGCCACACAGGGUCUAGUGGUCUUAGCUGUUGGGAGGCUGAAGGAGGUGAAAAGAGGCAGCACAGUGCUAAUAGCUUUUUUGUGUUUAAAUUAGUAAAAAAAAAAGGAAAAAAAAUGCUGUUCACACUCUUACAGGUCUUCUUGAUGACUUUCGCUGUUGCCGAAGGGAAAGAUAACUCAAUUCUCAAGCUUGAUGACACAAAAGCUGUUGAAGCCUUCGUGGAUUCUGGUGACGUGGUGAUCAUCGGCUUCCUUGAGGGAGAGGAGAGUCACGGAUAUAAGGAACUUGUGGAGGCUUCAAAAAAAGUCGACUCCGUUCCGGCAGCAGUUUGUACCGAGAAGGAGGUGUGGGCUGCAUACAACAUCUCUUCAGACACCAUCACCCUCUUCAGAAAAGCUGAUGACUGGAAGAGUAACAUUGUUCUUUCUGAGGUCCAGAAGUUCGAUCUUGACAGCUUGGUGAACUUCAUCAUCACCAAUGAGAUCCGGUACAUCACAGAGUACAACCAAGUGACAGCUGUGGGUCUGUUUAAUGCAGAAGUGAGGACACAUCUGGUGAUCUUUGCUAACAGAGGCAGUGAGGAAUAUUCUGAGCUGAAGGAGAAAUUGGCAGCUCUGGCUCCCGAGUUCACAGGGAAGUUUUUAUUUGUGCUAAUUAAUGGAGCUUUGAAGUCCAACUUUAAGGCAAUCAACUACUUUGGCUUGACAACAAAAGACCUCCCACGUGUGGGCAUCUACGAUGGGGACUCGGAUAUGAAGUGGCUCCUUCCUGAAGGAGAGAUUUCCACGGAGCGUGUGCGGGACUUCUGUCAAUCAUUUCUACAAGGUGACUUAAAGGUGAGCAGGCCCUAUUGUGUUCACUCGUUGAUCUGUGGAAGCCAUGAGAGAGGAAAACCCCAUGACAGCACUUUUUAAAAUUAUAAGCAUUUAAAAAGCAGAUUUUCCACUUGUUCAUUUUAAAACCAACCAAAGAUGGUGAAGAAUUGAAUCUGAUUGUUUCUAAUUUUUUUUAACUGAAUUAUUUUUUUUUAAUUUAAUGUAAUUUAAUUGCGGUAAUGAUUAUUUUAUUUUAGACACAUACUUAUAAAGGAAACACAAAAACCCUUAAAUCUCAGCAGCUUGCCCAAAACUAAAUUGAUUGUUAAAAAAAAAAUACACUUUUUAAAUACACCAUUUACAUAUAAAAUUAGAGAUAACACACUGCUUACACACAAUUUUUCUGAAAUAAUUAAUUUUUUACA